AUGAUUCGCACCUCCUCUCCUCGUCGCCAGUCGGCCGCCUUGCAAACGGCUAGCAUCAACGCCACGGGCCACCCAUCUGUCCCCAAACAGAUCCUCAAGAAGAAGGCAAUCUCAAAACGCGAGUACCUUCUUCGCGAAGAAUGGGCACCGGAGACAAUCAAUGAGUACCAGAUGGUUGUUGAUGAGCCUUCGGUCACCCCUGUGCCCCCGCCAAAACCCGCACCCAGAGUACAACAGCAACAGAGGCUACAGAGGUCACAACAGCAAACAAGCACUGUUUCCAAUAUGCAUGGUCAAGGCCGUGGCCCAAAUAGACGCACGCAAUCUCAGGCUCGAUCGUCGUCGAUGUUUGAAGAAUGGAAAGCGCGAUCUUUGCCACGGCGCUACACCCAGCGUACCAGAAUUACUCUCAAGGAAACUAAUUCCGCCCCUACUAUCUCGUCGCCAAAGAACAACAAACCAGACCUCAACGCCGCGCCAGCAGUGUCAGAACACACGGCCAAGCAAGCAAGUCUUACUCCUGUUGCUCCGUCCCACGGACCCAACAGGACGGGCGGCGGUGCUGCAUCUGGAGACGACAAGGUCAGGGAAUCUACAGUCGUCCCUACUGCCUCGUCACAGCCACUAAGAACAGAGGGUAGCGCUGCACCCGUUGUUGAAGACAACAAGGUCAAGGAAGCCAGUGUUACCCCUACUGCCUCAUUACAGGUUCCCAAGCCAGACGAUGGCGCUGCACCAAUCACCAGGGACGACGAAGGAGAAAAAUCUCAUGUCGCUCCUACUUCAGCGUCAAGAACCAAGCAUAGACGGGGUUCCAGCGCUGCUUCCGGCGUUACAAACAAGAUCAAGGGUACUCGUGCUGCUCCUACCUCCUCAUCGCAAGCACCCAAGACUGAUGGUGGCGCUGCGCCGGUUGUCAAAGCUAACAAGGUCGACGGAACUGAUGCUGCUCCUGUUUCCUUGUCGAGAAUCAAGCACAAGAGGGGUGGCAGCGCUGCGUCCAUCACUUCGAGCAACAAGACCAAGGGAGCUGGUACCACUUCUACUGCCUCCGCGCAGGCCGGCCAUAAAGCGGAAGUCAACGCUCCCAUCAUUGGUGACAGCAAAGUCGAAAGAUCUGGCGUUGCCUCGCCACAAGUGAACAGCAAGACGGAGGAAAGCCCCGCAUCGGUCAAUGCUGCUGGAGAACAUCCCGAUAAAGCAGUCGACAACCAGAUCGAACCCAAGCCGACUUGUGAUGUGCAGUUUCAUCAGCAGAAGCCAGAGGAACUGGCCGGCGGGUCUGCAGAAACCCAUGCGCCUGCUCCGUCAUCUGGUGUUACUGCUAGUACUGCGGCCGCGAAUCCCUCUAAAACCACUCGAAAGAGAGCGAACAAAAAAGGGACGAUGAUUGACAAACAAGAUGAUAAAUCACGGCCCCGAGAAAGAGUACCGGAAUAUGCUUAUACAGCUCCAAGCGGGACUGGAUUCACCCUCACUGAGCUAGGGAACCUGAGGAUUGGAUUUAAGCUCGGUGGCCCCGAUAAGGUGUAUUUCCUCCCGUGCUUCAUCGAAGACCCUUGGAGGGGGAUGGAGCCGAGUCGCGCAGUCCAGCCGGCUCCCGAAGCUCGCGAAGUCCGACCAGCCGAAGCGAUGAGAUGGUUGCCUGCAUCUAUUUGGUAACUACUGAGUCCUACCUGGCUCCGAAGGCGUGGCUGUCUGUUAUGAGGUUAUUGAGGUUAUUGGCUGGGACAAAGAGCUGGUUGGAUGAGAAAGAAGGAAAGGAUUGUUGUUUGUGCUUUCUAUGUUGCUCGCCGUCCAGUUCCUUACUGGAAGGAUGAAUGUAUGACUCUAGGAAUUUGACCGCCCAUUGCGAUAAUAUGAGACCCGGCCUCCGAACUGCGAAUGAGCUUUUCCUAGCGAAGCGAAACGUCUCACAAGUUACGGGGCCCCUCGCAAGAACAUACGGCUGAGCCAUCCAUGUGGGGUAGUCGUCAUGGCUAAUAUGUAUGUACAUAGAGCAGCCCAAGAAGCGAGCUGGAAUCGAAGUACUUAGCGUGAACGAUCUGUCAAUUGAGGUGGAUGAAGGGAAAUAUAAAACAG